CAAUAAACUACUGAUUUCUUUAUCUGUAACAAAGAACAUUCAAUUCAGGUGGGAUUAUUUAUCGGGACCAAUAAACCUUCGCAAAUUCAAGGUGGACUACGAUGAGUCACGUUGUUUUCCAAACAAGGUUCGUGUUGAAACUUUUUGAGAAAUGACGUGUUCUUAUUGUUGUAGUAUAGCAGAAACUUAUUAUUGGAUAUCCAUACAAUCGCAAAUAAUUAUAUACCCAAAUUUAUAAUUUUAUUAAAUAAAAUCGUUUUUGUUAUUGUUCGCUUUCUUCUCAAACAGUUGUUUCACAGAGGACGCUACAGUUUUGAAACUGAAUGUGUACCUAACUUUACUGUCAAACAUCAACCUAGAAAGUUGUAAAUAUACAAAUUAUAGCUCUUCAAAACAAAAUUGAUUUUCGAAUAUGAUUUACUUAUAAAAUUAUUUACAAAUCUAAAGUAAAAAAUAUGAAGUAAAAUAUGAUGAACUCUGCAACAUUCUGAUAAAGCAUCAAAUUAGCUAAAGUUUGACCUCUUUUUCUUCAGUGACUAGUGCAUUCAACAACCAGCUGCUUCUGAGUACAGAUCAUGCUUCAACAAAAUAUUUAAAUCAAACAUUAAUCAUGCCAGAUAGGAACCAGAAAAUGGAGAAUGAUGAUGACCAAAAAUGCAACAUUAACAAACCUGGCACAUCUGCGCCUGUAGAUUAUCAAUCUAAUUCAAAUCCUGAUACAGAAGAGGAAAAUGCAAGAGGGCAGAAGAUUUCAGAUUUUAUGGUAGGAGGUUUAGUAGGAGCAUCCCCACCAAAAUUUGUUACUCUUGAAGAAAUUAUAAAAGCUGCAAAUGGCAUGAGAAAUAUGGCAUUAGCACAUGAAAUUGCGGUGGACAAAAAUUUUCAAUUACAGAAGCUUGAUCCAGAUGAUGGUACAUUCCACAAAAGAGUAAAAGAUAUCAUGCAUAAAGCUUUUUGGAGUUUGUUAGCUGAACAGUUAGCUGAAGAUCCUCCAAAUUAUACACAGGCAUUGGUUUUAUUAAAAGAAAUUAAAGAGACAUUAGAUGAGUUAGUGUUACCACACCAUGCAAAAAUUCGAGAGAACUUGAAUGAGGUACUUGAUAUAGAUUUAAUCAAACAACAAGCAGAAAAGGGUGUUCUAGAUUUUCAUCAUUAUGCACAAUAUGUGAUCUCAAUAAUGAGCAAAGUUUGUGCACCAGUAAGAGAUGAAAAGAUUGCAGAACUUAGUCAACAGACAGAUGUUAUUGAAAUAUUCAAAGGAAUAAUGGAAGUGCUACAGUUAAUGCGCCUUGAUUUAGCGAAUUUUACUAUCACUAUGAUGAGACCAAAUAUAGUUGCUUCCAGUAUUGAAUAUGAGAAAGCAAAGUUUGCUGAAUUUUUGAAAAUUAAUACUAAUGGUUUGCAAUAUACUGAAAAAUGGUUACUAAGCCAUUUUGAUCCAACAAAAGUUACAGCCAGUUCAUCUGAUAUUAAUGCUGUAAGACAACUUACACAUUCUCUUUUAACCGAAGCAUAUCUUGAUCUUCUAGAGUGGGAUUUUAAUCCGGAUGCAGAAACUCUAAUGCUUGAUCAGGGUAGAUUAUUAGAAUUACGCGAUAAAACCAGCAGAUUAAGCAUUAUGGGAUCCGUGAUAUUACUCGUAAACAAUACGGUUGGUCCACCAGUACAUGGGGUGUCAAGUUUAAAAAAAGAAAUUAAACAACAUCUUAAUGUACUAUUGGACACUGUGCAUUCAAAUAAGGAUUUGGAAUCCAUAAUACCCAAUGUUGUGUUACAAAUUAAAAUGGACUUGAAUGCGACAUUGCAAGAAAUUGGUUCUGAACCCUUAACUCCGCAGCUGGAAACGUUACUAGAAGGACAAAUAUUAGACCUUAUUAAGCCAGACCAUAAAAUCAGACAUCUUAUAAGUUUGAGAAUUCGGCAAUUUUUGCAAAAAAUAAUAUCAUCUCAAUCUGCUGCUCCACAGCACGUACCACCAGGACUUUCAUCACUUCAAGAAGAAUUAACAGCCAUAGCGGCUCAGUUUUUAAUACUUAUUUCCCAUAACAGAAGCGUGUUUGGAGAAUACUAUCAAGAAAUCGUUACCAAUACACUUAUUAAAAAAGAAAUUGAAGACAAUAAAGAUAUAAGCGGAGUUCAUGGUAUGGAAUUAUAAAAAAAAGGUUGAACUUUUCAACUAAUCAUUACAAGAAAAGCAUAUUACGUGUUCAUAAAAUAGUACAUUAAUUAAAACAUAAGUGAUGUAUAUACAUAUAUUUUAAAAUAACAGUUUUUAUUUGAUUUCAUAAGUUAAAUUUUAUAACAAAACAGAAAAACGUAUAAAAAUACAUAAACAUGAAUGUUGCACAGAAAAGGUUCUGAUACUGCUAUAAGUUACAAAUGAUGUAAUAAAAAAAAAAGAAAAACAUAUGUUUACAAAACAUAUGAAAUAGUAAUUGAUUUGUUUUUAAUAUUAUGUAAGCAUUCUUUUAUACAUAAAUUAAUUAUAAUUUAACAUUCACUAACUAGUAUUACGAUUUGCUACGACUUACUUUCUAUACUUGGUGCUUUAAGAUAUUUUUUUUAUAAAUACCACACUAGAAUGCAAUACUAAACAUUAAGAUGUAAUAUAUAUUUGUAUAUAGGUAUGGAAAUUAAACCAAUUUCUACUAAAAAUUAUUCUAUUUUUGAAAUUGUCUAAACUUAUUUCUUGAUGUUGGAUUUUUCCAAGUAUACAAAAUAUACAUCCUUGUACAGUUUUAAUAAAAUUUAUCAAUUUUGAAAAGUAUAUAAAUGUACAAUAUUCUAUGGUUGACAUUGCCAGCUAUCAUGCUUGGUUUGCUAUCUUUUUAAAUAUGUGGAACAUGAUAUAGUGACCACUCGAUAAGUAGCCGUCUUUAAGACUCUAGCUAAAUAACGGCUAUUUAUCGAACCUUUACUUAUAACUACUGUGUUCGUAACAUUUUAUGUAUGGUAUAAAAGCGAAUGUGUAUGUGUGGGUGCGUUUGUGUCAAUUUUAUGUAAAUUACGUCUGUGUUUUACUUAUAUGUUAGCGCUUUAUAAUCUAAUAUACAUCCAAGGUAGUAGUGAUUUUCAGUACAAGUAAAUUUAUAAUCAGCGCACAAAAUUUUAAACAAAAAUGUACAAUGAAUAUCAGAAUACUCGAAAGAAGAAUGGAAAUGUGUAGUACAGUGUUUGGAUAACAGAGUAGUGGCAGAGUGCUUUCUCAAGAGCUUAAAAUGGACUUGAGAUUCUUAUCAGCGAUAUCAAUGACCAGAGUGGAUAAACGAAAAGCUGUCAGUUAGUGAUCACAAUGAUUAUCGAAAGAAUAUCGUACGUACUAGAUUUCUAAAAUUGUCUCUCAUAUCAUUACCAGUUCCAUUGGCCAACAUGUGUGUCUAAAUUUUUUAUCAUUUUAUUUUCGUUUUAUUAACCAUUGUGAGCUCAUUUUUGCGCGGAUGCAUAUUGAAGAAGUACAAGAGAUCAAGAAAGCAAAUCUGUGUAUGUGAUUGUUUUUAUGGAUUUAUAAUUAAUAUGGUAACAAUAUAUAAAAAAAAAUUGUGAAAUAUU